CUUCAACCCCACUUUGCUUCAAACACACUGAUUCCAUCCCCCGCAUUUCUUCCACAAACUGAAGGUAUCCUGAGCAGUAUCUUUGAGAACCAACUCUCCACUUCUCUUUCCUCCCCAAGAAGCUCUCAGCAUGACUUCCAAUCUAUUUCUUGACCACAUCAUCAUUCUUGUUCCCUACGACACCCUGCUCCAUCCUCCUCCAUGGGUCACGGAUAACUUCACCCUCACACCCGGCGGCCGGCACGCGGAUGGCAAGACAGAGAACAAGCUGAUCUGUUUUGCGGACGGGAGCUAUCUGGAAUUAAUCGCAUUCAUCAACGACUCCCCGCAUCACCGGUCCGGGCACUGGUGGGGCAACAAACCCUACGGAAUCAUCGAUUUCGCAUUCACCAGCCGCGAAAGCGCGCAGGAGCAGCACGCGCGUCUCGCGUCCCGACUCUCGGGAAACGCAGACGGCGUGCGCUAUCAGACGCCGGUGGAAGGCGGCAGGACACGAGACGAUGGCCAGGAGCUGAAAUGGCAUGUGACGUUCCCGGACGUGACGACUACGGGGUUUCAGAGAGGGGAACUCCCGUUCUUCUGUCAUGAUGUGACGGAUCGAAAACUCCGCGUUCCUGGGGGCGUGGAGACGACUACGCAUCCGAGUUCUGCGUAUGGGGUGGCGCAGAUCAGGAUCGGCGCGCCGAAAUCGAGGGCGGAGAGCUUGGUGAGAGCGUAUUCUGCGAUUUUGGAUGUACCGAAUAGUGCUGGUGACGGUGGGGAUAUAGGAGCUUUUGAGAUAAAGAGGAUGAAUGGGAUCAAGGGGGUGGGAGAUAUGAAAGUACUUGUGUCUUCAAGGGAGGAGAAUGGGGAGAGCUUUUCGUUUGAUUUGGUUAUAGGGGGGUUUGGCGAGAGAAAGAGCUAUACUAUGUUGGAUAUGAAAUCUGAUGGGCCAAGUAGAAUUUUCCUGGAUUUGGAUGUUUAUCCUGAAAAUCCGAGUCUUAAAAUGGGAGUUUAAUGCUGAUAUAAAGUACAACU